AUGAGAGAUAGGAAUUAUGGUGAUGAAGUUCAAAUAUUCAUGAAAGUUAAUAGUGGAGAUUUCACAAACAUCAUCAAUUAUACAUCUCAUGGAACAUAUGAAGAUAUUCCAUAUGAUUUUGAAUAUGAACAUAUUAAUGGUAAAUAUGACUUAGUCUUCAAAGCGAUUGACAACACAGAUUCAGCAUCACCAGAAGUAAGCAUUAGUUUUGAGGUAAAACAAACACCGAUCACUGUUGUUACUAAUAUACUCGAAGGAAUGUAUGAGCCAGGAACUAAAGUCAACAUCACUUGUUUUGCUGGUGAUUUCAAUCCAGGAAGCACAAUACAAUUUUAUUACAGAAUUAAUAGUGAAAAUACAGUGUAUCUUCAUGAUGUUUUUGAAAUAUCAGAAGAUUUCAGAACACCAGAAUAUACUUUCACAAUCAAGUUGCCAGAGUCUGCAAAAAGAAACACAAUAUAUGUUUAUUCGAAGGAUGAAAACAACAGAGAGAGUCAAUACGCAAUUCUUUACACAACAACUAAUUAUAAUCCUAAAAUUAUUAGAAUUAAUGAUUUGAAACCAGAAUAUGCAAGCAACGAAUAUAUCGAUAUUGAUGGAAUAAUCUUUGAUGAUAGUCGGGUAAAAUUAUAUUAUCAAUAUGAUAAGCGAGCUGUUCAAUAUCUUAGUGAUUGGAUUGAUUGUACAGGGGCAGAUCUGCAGAUUCACAAACAGAUUCCAGUUCCAAAGGAAAGUUUCAGAGGAGGUGAACACAAAAUAACAAUAUACUUAAUUGAUCAGUAUGAUAUCAAGUCAAACGAAGUUUCAUUUAGAUUUAUUUACAAUGAUAGGCAUGCACCAGAGCUCGGUGUCAAACUAUUAAGUGGCUCAAAAACAUAUAGUUUUUAUGAUAUAAUCAAGUUUAACUGCAGUGUUAUUGAUCCAGAUGUUGGAAACACAAUUUCUCUUCGUCUCAAAAUCAACAAUAGUGAUGAACAAACAAUUUAUGAUUAUACAUCAGAUGGCGAAAUAUCUCAUUAUUUAUAUGAUUUUGCAGUUCCAAAUGUCAAUGGUGUUGUUAAUUUUGUAUUCAGAGCAGAAGAUAACUUUGGUUCAUUUUCAAAUGAGCAAUCAUUCGAUAUUAAAGUGAAACAGACUCCAAGUGUUAUCAUCACAAGUGGUAUCUCUAGUUACUACAAUGGUGGCGAAGAAGUUGAAAUCAGUGGAUUUGUUGUUGAUUACGAUCCAGGACAGGAAGUUCAAGUAUUAUACAGUAUCAGUGGAGGAAACUCAGUUUUCGCAACACCUCUCAUGAUAAUGAAUGAUAACUAUGUAACAAAUCAAUUCGAGUUCGUCAUCAGUCUUCCAACAAAAGUUGGAACACACUCUGUCACAUUCUGGGCAGAGAAUAGUAAUGGUAUCAAGAGUGAGUACUCUCGACAGUUCUUCACAGUGAAUGUCAAUCCGAAGAUCAUUACAUGGAACGAAAUUCGUCCAACAUAUGCAAAGAACGGAUUUAUAGAUUUUGACUCAGUGAUCUUCGAUGAUUCUACAUCAAUGAUACAUUACUACUUCGACACAAUGUCUAUUAACUCAAUCAAUGAGUGGAUCAAUGCAGGUGGCAAGAAUCUAAGUAUCAGAAGACAGAUUCCAAUUCCAAAUGACUUGUCAAUUGGCAGCCACACAAUCACAGUCUAUCUUCGAGAUUGGUAUGGUGCAGAGUCAGAGAAAGUCACAAAGAAUUUCAGAUUCACAAAUAGUUAUGUUCCAACAUUGAAAGUAUCUCUCUCUGAAAAUCGAAAUACAUAUGGAUUUCAUGAAAGUGUCACAUUCAACGGAUCUGUUCAUGAUUUAGAUGCUCAAGAUAAAACUUAUGUCUUCGUUGAGAUUGACAAUGAUGAAGAAACGCAAGUUGCUGAAUUUGACUCAAAUAAUGAAGUUCACAACUUCACAUAUACAAUUCAGCUUCCUCAUGUUGAUGGUGAUCACACUGUUAUAUUCAAAGCACGUGAUGAGAGUGGUUCAUCAUCUGGUGACCAGAAAUUCACAAUCUCUGUUAAGCAGUCACCAUCUGUCAUCAUAACAUCAGAACUCUCACCAAUGUAUCUCCCAAACGAAACAAUAUCAAUCAGUGGAUACAUUGUAGAUUUCAAUGUUGGCGACGAAGUCCAACUCUAUUUCCGUGUCAAUAACGACAUCACAGAGUAUGCAACUCUUCCAAUGAUUGUUGGCGAAAAUUUCAAGACAGACAUAUUCACAUUCAAUACGACACUUCCUAUUGAAGUUCGAAGGAACCAAAUCAUCAUCUGGGCAUCAUCUAACAGUAGUAUGACGAGCAGAACUAGUUACAUCAAUAUCAUCACAAACAGAGCACCAGUACUGGAUAUGUGGAAACCAAUCAAAGGAAAUUACUCAAUGAGCGAAUACAUUGACAUCGACUGCAACAUCACAGAUGAUUCAAACUGCAGAAUUUAUUACUCAUUCGAUGACAAGAAAGCAAAAUACAUUGAUGAGAUGCUUCCAAUAAGGAGUCCUAUGUUCCCAGUUAUCAAACGUGUUCCAAUUGAUGGCAAUGAUCUUGCAUUUGGAACACAUACAAUGAAAGUAUGGAUUGUUGAUGAGUUUGGUGUUAAGUCAAACGAAAUCUCACAAGAUUUCGAAUUCCGAAAUAUGCAUGCACCAGAAAUUGUUCUUAAUCCUCUUCCAAAGAGAGGUCCAUACAACUAUCACGAGAAAGUCACAUUUAGUGGAAGUGUUCGCGAUCUUGAUAGUGGUGA